AUGACAUUUGAUAUUGAUGAUGAUUUACCAGAUCAAGAGAGUGUUGGUAAACAUCCAAAUAUAAUUGAUAUAAUUGCAUCAUUUGAAACACCAAAUUAUGUAUUUAUUGUUAUGAAUUAUGUCCAAAUGGCAUUACCAGUAACUGAAAAACAACUUCCAUCUUCAUCAAAUGAACAUGAUAUAUCUACUUCAAGUACUAAACAAAUAAUAAAUAUACAUGCUGAUCAAUUACUUAAUAUAACAAUAACAAAAACUAGUUUGGAUCUUCUUCAACGUGUAUCAGCAUUAUUUAAUGAUGUUUAUAAUAAACGAUUACCACCAAGUGAUGAUGAUGAUCAACCAUUAUUAUCAUUUUUUAACGCUAUAAAUAAAGAAAUAAUUAUUCAACGUUUACAUGGUCUUGAAUUUGUUGGUGAUCAAUCAUUAACACCAAUGACUGUUAAACAAAAUGAAUCUAUUCCAUUAAAAGUACCUAAUGAACGACAAAUACAUGGAAGACUUUCAGUUAUUGAAGACCAAAGUUAUAAACGACAACAAAAAAUUACUGUUCCAAUUUCAUCUUAUGAUAAUGUUAAAUGGAUAUCAGAUGCAGUUGAUUUAUUAACUGAAGGAUUUGGUGAUUAUAAUGAACAUCUUGUUUAUCUUGGCAAUAGGUGA